AUGACGUCACCUCCUCCUUCUAAUACUACUUGUACUACAGAGUUCUACAGAGAUAGUGCCACAGAAGAGUUGGUGUGUCGGCACAGAAGUGAUCCUGACAAUUCCCAAUUAUCUGAAGAUGGUGACAUUAUACUGGGGGGAGUCUUCCCUUUCCACGGCAACUGGAAGGACAGACAGGAAACUUACACAAACAAACCACUGCCAGCUGAAUGCACCAGCUCAAUUGCCAGAAGUGUGAGGGUUGCUCUGGCCCUGUCUAAUGACAACAAAGUUGUAUAUGAGACCUUGGAGACUUCCUGCUCCAGACCUGCACAAGUGCAGGCAAUAAUAGGAGAAGCAUCUUCUUCUCCAUGCAUGGCUAUAGCUACUGUUGUUGGACCCUUUCACAUUACACAGAUUAGCCCAUUUGCAACCUGUGCUUGUCUCAGUGAUAAAUCCAAGUACCCAUCCUUCCUCAGAACAAUACCCAGUGACUACUAUCAGAGCAGAGCUCUGGCCCAGCUGGUCAAACACUUUGGUUGGACUUGGGUUGGCGCUAUUAGAAGUAAUAAUGACUAUGGCAAUUAUGGCAUGGCUACAUUCACAGAAACAGCUCAGCAGCUGGGAAUCUGUCUGGAGUAUUCUGUAGCUUUUAUUAGAACUGAUCCACUAAGCAAGCUACAAAACAUAAUUGAAAUUGUGAAGCGUUCCACCUCCAAGGUGAUUGUUGCUUUUCUCUCCAACAUGGAUAUGGAGGUACUAAUUUAUGAGUUGUCUCAGAACAACCUCACUGGGUACCAGUGGAUUGGCACAGAGGCCUGGAUUGUUACUUCUUACAUUGCAGAAAAGGAUCAGUAUCAUAUGCUGGAUGGUGCCAUAGGUCUGUCCAUUCCCAAAGCACAUGUCAGAGGCAUGAAAGAAUUCAUUACAGAUGUGAAGCCGCUGAGUUCACAGAAUAACAACAUGUUAAUAGAGUUCUGGGAAACGUUAUUUAACUGUAAAUUCAAUCAGACAAAUUCAUCACCAGAGAAUCUGAAACAAUGUACAGGACAAGAAGAUUUAACCGGAGUGCAAAACGGCUUCACUGAUAUGUCGCGUAUGCCUAUAUUCAACAAUGUCUAUAAAGGAGUGUAUGCUGUGGCCCAUGCACUUCACAAGAUACUUGACUGCAAGAAAACAUGCAAUCGACUGAUGCAGUUAGAUCCAUUUAUGAUUUUACAGGGUGUGAAAAACAUUACAUUUAAGACAAAGGAAGGAGAUGAAGUUUACUUCAAUGAGGAUGGAGACCCACCAGCAAAAUAUGAAAUUAUAAACUGGCAGCCAACAGAAAAUGGUGUUGUGGACUUUGUCACAGUUGGUCUAUAUGAUGCAUCUUUACCUGCAGACAAACAUCUUAGUCUGCAAAAUAUGACUUUAACCUGGGCACAGAGGUCAUCACAGGUUCCUGUGUCAGUUUGCAGUGAGAAAUGUUUCCCAGGAACUCAUAAGGUUCUCCAGAAAGGAAAGCCUGUCUGCUGCUAUGACUGUUUACGAUGUGCAGAGGGAGAAAUAAGCAACACCACAGACUCGAUCACCUGUGUGCAAUGUCCACCUGAAUUUUGGUCAAAUGACAGAAGAGACGUGUGUGUAAAGAAGGAGGCAGAGUUUCUAUCCUAUGAAGAAAUGAUGGGAGCACUGCUCACUGCAGCAUCUUUAUGUGGAACAUUCAUGACUGCUGUUGUAGCCUUCAUUUUCUUCACAUACAGGAAAACCCCUAUUGUCAGGGCCAACAACUCUGAGCUGAGCUUCUUGCUGCUCUUCUCCCUGACUCUGUGCUUCCUGUGUUCUCUGACCUUCAUGGGUCGACCCUCUGAGUGGUCCUGCAUGCUGAGACACACAGCAUUUGGCAUCACCUUUGUUCUCUGUAUGUCUUGUGUUUUGGGGAAAACAGUGGUGGUAUUAAUGGCCUUCAGAGCUUCACUUCCAGGCAGUAAUGUGAUCAGAUGUUUUGGAUCAACACAGCAGAGACUCAGUGUUCUGGUUUUCACUCUCAUACAGGUUGUAAUAUGUGUCCUGUGGUUAACAAUUUCUCCUCCUUUCCCAUUUAAGAAUUUGAAGGUAGUCAAAGAUAGAAUCAUCUUAGAAUGUGCUCUGGGCUCACCUGUAGGAUUCUGGGCUGUACUUGGCUACAUAGGUUUAUUGGCUGUGUUCUGUUUCAUUCUUGCUUUUCUUGCUCGGAAACUGCCCGAUAACUUUAAUGAGGCCAAGUUCAUCACCUUCAGCAUGUUAAUAUUCUGUGCAGUGUGGCUCACCUUUAUUCCAGCUUAUGUCAGCUCUCCUGGAAAGUUCAGUGUUGCUGUGGAGAUAUUUGCUAUUCUGGCAUCUAGUUUUGGACUGUUGAUAUGUAUUUUUGUUUCAAAAUGUUACAUUAUGUUACUAAGACCUGAGAAGAACACAAAAAAAUGUAUGAUUCGAAAUAAGUUAACAAUCUAAUAUCAUGUUCAUUACUAAUGUUACAAAAACUUUGGUAAUGGGAAAUAACAUCUAAUACAAUGUAAUAUACUAUAACAUUAGCAUAUACUGUAUGUAUAAAGUAUGUAGUGCACAAGAGGAUGUAACAGUAAAAGCAAGGAUUUCCAAUGUACUGUAACAUUACAAUGUUUUUGCAAUGAUAAACUUUUACAGCACAAGAGGGCAAUAAACCCAAUAGAGACCAAUGAUUGAAGUGCUCCAUUUGUAGUGUGUUGUGUGAUUGUCAAUAUUCUACAUUAUAUUUCUUACAGUAUUUUAGUUGGGCCUCCUAAAAAUGUAAAUAAAUUUAGCUUAAAAGUUUCACAAAGAUAAGACAAGAGAACUGUAAGGUUUUGUUUUAUUUCCCGUUUUUAUUCUGAAGGACUCUGUUUUCACUCGUCAUGUUUGUUUUCCUGUUUUAUUUUGUAGUACGCUCGGUUUCGGUUUCCCUCUGGUUAUUUCCUGCUUCACGUUCUGGUUGUCAUUACUCACACCUGUCCUGUAUUAAUCAUUAGUCACCUGGGUAUUUAACCACCACCAGUAACCACAGUGAUCCGCCAGAUUGUCGAGUCUCAGUACCACAUUCCAGCGUUCCUAGUAUUGCUACCUUGUUUCUUGAUCACGUCCGUUACUGAUCGCCGAUUCCUGCCUGUCCCUUGACUGUACCUUCGCCUGGAUCUAG